CCAUCAUCUUCUUAUCUCCUUCCUCAGUGGCCGUUACAUCGAGAAAACCAAUGCCUUCACGAAACCCAUGCACCUCAUGAACUUAUCCCUCUCAUCUCACACUGUCUCUUCCUCCCUCCGAAGUAUAUGUGUGUGUAUAUACACAAGCUGAAACUAGCCUCUCCGUUUGUGUGCUAAAACAUAAUGCCGCCCAAAUGGAGAUGGCCUCCCGAGUUCCUGGCGACGGCGGCCUCCGAGCUCAAGGUGCAGAGAGGGAUUGCCGUGCCGCUGGUCACGAUGAACUUGACCUGGUUUGCCAAGAUAGCCAUCACAACCGUGUUCCUUGGCCGGCUAGGAGAGCUCCAGCUGGCUGGCGGCACGCUCGGAUUCACCUUUGCCAACGUCACUGGGUUCUCGGUCUUGAACGGGCUGUGCAGCGCCAUGGAACCGAUCUGCGGUCAGGCUCACGGGGCUAGGAACUUCAAGCUCCUCCGCAAGACCCUUCUCAUGUCCGUCGUCUUGUUGCUAGUGGCAUCAUUGCCCAUCUCUUUCUUGUGGCUCAAUGUGGACAAGGUCCUGCUCCAUUUUGGCCAGCAACGGGACAUUUCGCUCGUUGCCAAGAGCUACCUCUUCUAUCUCCUUCCUGAUUUAGUGGUCACCUCCUUCCUCUGUCCCCUCAAGGCGUAUCUGAGCUCGCAGGGCGUGACCGUCCCCAUAAUGCUCAGCUCAGCCCUCGCCCUCGCUUUCCACAUCCCAAUCAACAUCCUGCUGGCGAAAGCGAAGGGCCUCGAGGGCAUCUCGAUGGCGGUCUGGAUCACUGAUCUGAUGGUAGCGAUUCUACUCGCUCUGUAUGUGGCGAUUGCCGAAUGUGGCAAGGAUCGGAAUUGGAAGGAUGGUGGGUGGUGGGAACACGGAGUUGGCGAUUGGAUCCAGCUGCUCAAGCUCUGCGGGCCGUGCUGCCUCACCACCUGCCUCGAAUGGUGGUGCUACGAGAUCUUGGUGCUGCUAACCGGGCGCCUAGGGAACGCCAAGUUGGCGGUGGGAGUGCUCGCCAUCGUGCUCAAUUUCGACUAUCUCCUCUACUCCGCCAUGUUAUCUCUAGCGACAUGUGCAUCCACGCGAGUAUCGAACGAACUCGGGGCAAAUCGGCCCCAUAUAACUUACCAAUCGGCCUACGUCUCUCUUUCAGUAAGCGUCCUCUCGGGCUGCAUCGGCGCGAUGCUCAUGGUAGCAUCUAGGGGGAUCUGGGGCUCUCUGUUCAGCCACAACGGGGGCAUCGUGGCGAGCGUGAAGAAAAUGAUGCUCCUGAUGGCCCUGGUGGAAGUGGUGAAUUUCCCCUUAGCAGUGUGCGGGGGGAUCGUGCGGGGAACGGCAAAACCGUGGCUUGCGAUGUACUCGAACCUCGGCGCGUUUUACCUCCUAGCCUUGCCCUUGGGCGUAGCUUUCGCGUUCAAGGUGGGGCUCGGGCUAGCCGGGCUGUUGCUGGGGUUCUUGGUCGGCGUGGUCGCUUGCUUGAUGUUGCUGUCGGUGUUCGUCGCGAGGAUCAACUGGGACGAGGAAGCUAGGAAGGCCCAAACGUUGACCUCGAGCGCGCAAGAAGAACAAGUUGAACGAACUCGAACGCACGAGGAAAGAGGAAACCGCAUGGCGGCGUGAAAUUUGGCGGCCACCUUAUGAAGUUGCCUGCUUAAUUAGGCUGUUGGCUUGCCUCACUGACUUCGCCUACACAGUUCCCGUUCCUACUGUUCUUCCAAGCGUCAAUGAUUUUGGAUUAGUCUCUUAACUAAUAUAGACAGAAAUGGUGCACUCGAGUCGAAGGUAAACCACGAAACUAAGUUCGAGA